CGUUGCGCUUUCUCCUGUCGUCGCCCUCGCCCACCACCUUCGGAGCUCGGAGACUCGGAGUCUUCCCCCACCCCCAUAACGUCCUCUUCCGUGCUCUGCGUUGCCGCCUGCGGGCGCCGCAAGCCGUGCGUGCCCGCGGGUUCCCCGAUUUGUUUAUUUACGGAAGUUUACAAUUGAUCAACAAGACUUAGUCCAACCCUACUUUUCAAAUCACUAUGGUUACCCUUUCCUACAGCUGGGCAAGCGUAGAAUGUCAGGUGUGUUAGCUCCUCCCCCCCCCCCCCCUUGUUUGAAUAUUAUCUGACGCAUAAUGGAUUUUCUUAUCCUACUUCCACUUUUCCUUGCAUUUAUAGUCAUAAUGUUGGGCUCAAAGAAGGAAAGGAAUCUCAGCAUGCACUUUCAAUCAGACCAGAAAUCUUCUGCUAAAUUUUGUUUGUUUUCAAAAGUCCAAUCUGCCAGCCCACCACCAGGGAAUACACUGGUUUAUCUAAAUGUGUAUGAUUUGACACCAGUAAACGGCUAUGUUUACUGGGCUGGUCUAGGGGUAUUUCAUUCUGGCAUUGAAGUUCAUGGUGUUGAGUAUGCAUUUGGAGCACAUGACUAUUCGAUUAGUGGAGUUUUUGAGGUGGAACCUCGGCAGUGUCCUGGUUUCAAAUUUCGGAAAUCAAUAUGCAUGGGAACUACCAGCCUGGAUCCUCUCCAAAUCAGAGAGUUCAUGGAGAUUCAGUCAGUAAAUUACAAUGGUGAUACCUACCAUUUGAUAAGUAAAAACUGCAACCAUUUCUGUGAGGAUAUCUGCAAAAGGUUGACAGGAAAUUUUAUUCCAAAAUGGGUGAAUCGACUUGCUAGAAUGGGUGCUGUUUGCAACUGCAUUCUACCAGAGUCCCUCAAGAUCAACGCGGCCGGUCAUGACCCAGCUUCUCGAGCUGAAGAUAGCGAGAGAAAAAUGCUGACAAGUUCCUUCAGUUGCUUCUGUUCAAUCUCUCUAUGCCAAAGACAUUUCUCAACAUCUUCGCCGUCUCUGCGUUCCUCCGCGAACGGCACUUCUUGGGAUACCAAGCAGUCCAAUUCUACCCGACUGAAGAAGAGCUGACAGUUGAGGUCCUGUGUAUCAUAUUUAACUCAUGAGGCACAAGGAUCCUUUUUUGUCAGCAAUCUCUUCUACGACCUUCAUCAGAGAAGGAUGAAGAGGUAUUGAUUGAUAAGGUGUUUUUGCAUACUCGAGCGUCGGAUCCAGCUGUGCUUGAACAUCUGUACAGAGAUUGUGUAGAAAUUAUUUCUUACAUUUGAAUUUGAAAUACAGUGAGCUGGAGGAAACUCCACCCUAGACUUUUGGAAAAAAACAAACUCCAAAAAAAUCAUUGAUGGGUGCUGCCUCUGGAGUCCGAAGUGAUAUUUCGCCUGUGGUAGUUUGCAAAUUUGGCCAUUUUUAUACCCUUGCCUAUAUAAAGUUUUAUAGUUUUGUUUU